CACAGCAGCAGGUGGUGGUAUACUGCUGCUGCUGCAGUCCUGUGCCUAGGUAGCUCAGUCUAUCCUCACCCAAUGCAGAGGCACUUUCACACUAAGGGGGAGUUUCAGCAAACUCUGGGAUCUGCUACCUCUCAAGUGAAUCCAGGAACUCAUCAAAGUUCUUCCUAUCCAAUGAGACACAGAGCAAGUCAGAUCAUCCCUGCCUGUCUUCUUCAUCACAGCCUCCACAAGGAAGACCUCACCACCAGCAACAUCCAGAACCUAUGGGGUUCCCCCCUCCAUCUCCAGGGACGCAAAGCAGCCAAGUUUUCUUUAAAAUUUCUUCAGCAUCCACUUCUAUACAUCAGUUCUUUAACUAGUUGUGGGAACUAUACUUUUUUUUUUUUUUUUUUUGCAGCAACAGUUCCCAAUUCAUAUAGUAUCUUCUUAAUACAGAAUUACAUUUAGAGCUAGAAACCUGACAAAGAAGAAUAAGAGCUAUAUUCUCAUCCCUUCCUCAAGGACAAUUCCACCAUCACUGGUCUAAUCCAAAGAUGUGAAAGAUGUUUGUGAAGUAUAAAGACUUAUGGAGGGACUGAUUAUUUUAAGAAGCUAGAUUUUGUUUCUUUUCACUUUGGAUUUUAAAAAAACAAAAUGAGCCACUUACCUGCAUGGUAAUCUGGAUUUUUAGGCAUCCUUCUCUUCAGCCUUCAAAGCACUUUUUGGAGAUACAGUAACUAUGCUGGGACUAUCUCAUCCAGGAGAACCUUUCAGAAGUCACCAUAGAAUGUCCUCAACUCCAGGAUUGAGGAAUUGUCACAGGACACUGGCUUCAUCAGAUAAUGUCCAAACAAACUGCAGGAUGUAUGUUGCCUACCUACUAAUACUACUUAUUCUGACCCCAAGAGUUGAUUCUUCCUGGUGGUACAUUGGUGCACUAGGAGCAAGAGUCAUAUGUGAUCAUAUCCCAGGGCUUGUCAACAAGCAGAGGCAACUUUGUCAGAAGCAUCCGGAAAUUAUGCAAGCCAUUGGUGAGGGAGCUAAGGAGUGGAUCAGAGAGUGCCAGCAUCAGUUCAGGCACCAUCGCUGGAACUGCAGCACCCUGGACAGAGAUCACACAGUCUUUGGCAGAGUCAUGCUAAGAAGUAGCCGAGAAGCAGCUUUUGUCUAUGCAAUUUCUUAUGCUGGCGUGGUGUAUGCAAUUACCCGUGCUUGCAGUCAAGGAGAACUAAAAUCAUGCAGCUGUGACCCAAAAAAGAGAGGGCGCUUCAAGGAUGAAAGAGGGGAGUUCGACUGGGGAGGCUGCAGUGACAACAUUGACUUUGGAAUUGAAUUUGCUAAGGAUUUUGUGGAUGCCAAGGAAAGAAAAGUUAGGGAUGCCCGGGCACUGAUGAACUUGCACAAUAAUCGCUGUGGUAGAAUGGCAGUAAAACGUUUCAUGAAGCUUGAAUGUAAGUGUCAUGGGGUCAGUGGAUCAUGUACAUUAAGGACUUGUUGGAAGGCCAUGUCAGAUUUUCGAAAAACAGGGGACUAUCUUAGAAGGAAAUACAAUGGAGCAAUCCAGGUUACUAUGAAUCAAGAUGGGACUAGCUUCACUGUGGCAAAUCAGAACUUUAGAAAACCUACCAAAAAGGACCUUGUAUACUUUGAGAAUUCUCCUGAUUAUUGUUUGAUGGACAAGUCUGCAGGUUCUCUGGGCACUGCUGGAAGAGUAUGUGACAAGGUCUCCCGUGGGACAGAUGGCUGUGAAGUUAUGUGUUGUGGUAGGGGCUAUGAUACCACCCGAGUUACCAGGACAACUAAAUGCGAGUGUAAAUUCCACUGGUGUUGUGCCGUACGCUGUAAAGAAUGUGAGGAAACAGUGGAUGUGCAUACGUGUAAAGCACCAAAAAGGGCCGAAUGGCUUGACCAGACUUGAAACAAGCAAGAUUGCUGGUCAAACAAGACAUCCCGGGCCCUGUGGGAUUCUGGGUAUAAGUGUAGUAUGGCUGCAUGGCUUCUUAUUUAAGUAAUUCCGCAAGGCACUAAAGACUAUACUACCCAGGAUGCAGUGUGGACCUUCUGACAAAGGCCAGCUAAGAACCAAUUCUUUAGUAUGAGAAGUUUGCAAUAAAAUAUAUGGUUCUCAAAUUGUGAUUCCUGGGCAACUAGUGGUACUUACCAAACUGUUGCUUUACAGCUUUCUCCUGCUGUGUGGAUUUUUAUCAUUAAUGGAGUCUGGUCCCUAUAUGCAAGUGCUUUUGAUCAACGUGCUACAAAUAUACAUACAUAUAUUGAUGAUAAAAGCAAAAUCUAACAUACUGCAGAAGCCUUCAAAUAAUCAAGUAUCUGGGAACCCCUGCAGUGACAGGAUCAGCGAUAGUUCUCUACUUUCAAGAUGAUGGAUACAAUUCACUGGAUGGAUGCAGCUGCACUUAUCAUGCACACAUUGACAUUUUUUAUGGUUAGUGACAUCCUCUUGCUUGGAUUACGGCAAAGUUAACAUCCUUUAUGAAGCUGUUUGGAAGACUAUGGAGAUUUUUCAAAAACUUGUCUUUGAUGAACAUGUACACAAUAAAGAUCUCCUGUGUCAACUUCAAGAAAAGUAAAACUAAAGUUAAAAAGGUAUAAAAAUGGAGGCCAAUUCUGGCUAUAGAGGACUAUGGAUGUGACUGUAACAACCUCACUUUGUAAACUUGCUUGUAUGAUGUGUACGUAUACUGCUUUAAUAUUUUUUUUUAAAGAAUCUAUAUAAACUUAUAUUGCAACCAUUUUACAUGUGUUCUUUGCCCACCAAGGACAGCUUGUAGAACAUUUAUUUAUUCAUAUACAUUAUAAAAAAGAACAGAAUAAAAUAUU